UUUCUAUGACAAAUUCUUCUGACGUGUUCGAACAUCAUUGGAUUUACUGCGUCGAAAAAUAAUGAACAAGUGAAUCCAGUGUCAACUUCCUAACCCAAACAAACACUUCUGCAGCUGCCAUGGCAGUUAGGAGACGAGCUUCAAAAGAACAGUCCAGUGACGCUGCUGUCCUGGACUCCGGCGAUCCCAAAAGAAGCCCUAAGUUUGACGAUGAAUCGAAUAUUACUCCUUCAAAAGCUCCAUUAAUGCUCAAAUGCACCGCAAUUUUUUCGAUCCCGUACUUUUACUUGAUCUUCUACCACUAUCGAAUAGAACCAGAGCUCCGGAGAUCCAUCGUAAUUAAUGCUAUAAUUAGUUUGGUCGGAUACUUCUUAACCCUGGCUAUCAUCCCAGUAGCCUCGAAAUAUGUCAUCAGAAGGAACUUAUUCGGAUAUGAUAUCAACAAGAGGGGCACCCCUCGAGGAACCAUUAAAGUGCCAGAGUCGCUGGGGAUUGUUGUUGGGAUUGUUUUCUUGGUCGUGGCUAUUUUGUUUCAGUAUUUUAACUUUACAGCCGAUUCAAUUUGGCUUGUUGAGUACAAUGCUGCAUUAGCUUCAAUCUGCUUCAUGAUGUUGCUUGGAUUUGUUGAUGAUGUUCUUGAUGUACCAUGGAGAGUGAAAUUACUUUUACCGUCUAUCGCGGCUCUUCCGUUGUUGAUGGCAUAUGCUGGGCAUACAACUAUUAUUAUACCAAAGCCUUUAGUUUCAUAUGUCGGAAUAGAAGUUCUGGAUUUAGGAUGGAUUUAUAAACUUUAUAUGUGGCUCUUGGCUAUAUUUUGCACAAAUUCAAUCAAUAUACAUGCCGGUAUCAAUGGGCUUGAAGUGGGGCAGACAGUUGUUAUUGCAGCAGCUAUUAUAAUGCAUAAUAUCAUGCAAAUUGGAGCAUCCACUGACCCUGAGUACAAACAAGCCCAUGCAUUUUCUCUUUACCUUGUUCAGCCAUUGAUUGCCACUUCCUUGGCUUUACUUUCAUACAAUUGGUAUCCUUCCUCGGUCUUUGUCGGUGACACCUUCACCUACUUUGCUGGAAUGACUAUGGCAGUAGUUGGCAUUUUGGGCCACUUUAGCGAAACACUUCUGAUAUUCUUCACCCCACAAGUUUUGAACUUCCUGCUGUCACUGCCUCAGCUAGCUGGUAUUAUCCCUUGUCCACGGCAUCGACUGCCUAAGUUUGAUCCUCAGACUGAACUACUGACUGGUACAAAUGACGGAACAUUAGUGAACUUCUUCUUAAGACGAUUUGGCAGAAUGUCUGAACAGUCUCUCUGCACUGUAUUGCUACUUUUCCAGGGCAUCUGCUGCUGCUUCUGUUUCCUGCUAAGGUGGCUCCUUACUGGUUGGUAUAAAUAUUGAUCGGUUUCCAUAACACAAAGAAUAUAUAUUUCCUCUGGUGAGCACAUAAAUGGUGAGCACAUAAAUGAAUGAGAUGAGAUCCCCAUUGUAGUCUUGUUGAAACUUUUUAUUAUCAUGAUUUGACCAACUCAACCCCAGAAUUGCACCAAGAAAACUUUUCUGUAUAUUUAUGGGAGUGGGGGUGGGGGCUUUGAGAAGAACUAAAUGUACUAAUAUCGGGUGGAUCGAAUUCCUUAACAUUUUGUUGUGCUAACAUAAGAUAGACAUGAGCAUAUGACUGUAUGGAGUUCCUGAGCUUUAUUAAAUUCUUUUUUGUGCUCAAUAAAGGUCAGUCUCGAUCACUUCAAUACAUUCAGUGUGAUGUGAAUUGAAAGACAAUAAGCAAUCUGUAAUAUUAGUAGAAAACUGC